UGCGACGAAUGCAUUUGGUCCAAUCAAACACAUUCUCGUUUUUACUCCAGAAACCGCUCUACAAUUUUUUCCAAUUUCGGAACCCUUAAAUUUCAAAUAGCACUCCGAAACUUUAUAGUUUUAGCGGAUAACUACUUACUGACCGACCACCGAUAAUUCGUCUGCGAUUCAUGUAUAUCCUUGACAACAAACCCCCAGCUUUAUCUAUAAUUAUAAUUUCAUCAUCGACAUUCCGUUUCAAAUUCGAAAGCUGACUUAACAGAGAUGACUGGGAACAUUUGAUAAUUCCACGACACGAAAGUUUGAAAAUGAUGUAAUUUUGUGCCUGAUAUCCAAUGCCAUCCAUCAUUCAGACAAACUUCUGCCUCUGUUUAAAAUUCAAUUCUUGAGUUAGUCGUUCUUUAUCAAUGAAGAGCUAUCAACAUUCUCUGUUUCAGACCAAUUCACAUGGACUUAACCAGGGCAUUUCUGGAAAGCAAAGACACGGCGGGAAAUUGCCUGGAGCUUUUAAGAAACCCAUCAAACUAAAUGUGCACGCAUGUACAUGGGAUGCUUUUCCAGAAUGUCUUAAGACAGAACAUAAGCAGCAAAAGAAGAUGAAGAGUAAGGAGUUGGAGUAUGUGCCCAUUCUAGUCCACAAUAAAGGGGUCUCUUUACGGUAUGCUUGGGACGGCCAGUACCUUCUCUUGGAGAAACAUUUAAAAAUACUGGAGGCCAAAAGCUUUAAGCAGUUUCUCAAAGAUUGUCUCAGAAGGGUGAGGUUAAUAAUGUUAUCCCUUUUUGUUCCAGAGCAGGUUACAUCAAAUUACAUGGAUUUUCUCAAAUGGAAGUUUGUUCACCGCAUAUUCAGCUCAGCCAUUCAAGUUCAAUCCACUCAGGCAAUGCUGCUGGCCAUUGGAAUAGGAGCAAAACGAUCUCUUCCUUCAGCAGCAGCCUUGAAUUGGGUGCUCAAAGAUGGGCUUGGGCGGCUUAGCAAAUUUAUCUAUUCAGCAAGCCUUGGCUCUGCAUUUGAUGCUGAUCUAAAGAGAGUGAGGUUUUCAACAUCUGUUUUGUUCAGCCUCAGUGUUGGCGUAGAGUUGCUGACUCUAAUUUUUCCUCAACACUUUUUACUGCUUGCAACAGUAGCCAAUAUUGGCAAGUCCAUAAGCCUGGCAGCUUGCAUUGCCACCAGCUCAGCAAUUCAUCGAAGUUUUGCUGUUGCUGAUAAUCUGGGUGAUGUCUCAGCCAAGUCCCAGAUACAAAUGGUAUGUUUUGACAACAUUGGACUUGCACUUGCAGCAUGCUUGAAUUUGUUUUGCAAGAACAAUCCAAGAAUAGAAGCUGCCCUUCCCUUCGUUAUAUAUCCAUUUUUUACUGCAAUGGAUCUAUUUGCAAUCUACCAGGGGCUCAAAUAUGUCCAUCUUCCAACAUUAAAUAAAGCCAGGAUUGAGAUAAUAGCGGAUAAAUGGAUUCACUCGAGGACUGUACCGUCUACUGGAGAAGUGAGCAAUGUGGAAGGAAUACGAUUUUUUCAUCCCUCAGGCAGCAGGAUUUGGCCACUUAGAAUUGGAUUCAUAAAUGCUAAGGAACAAAGGGCAGAGAUUAUGAGAUCUGCUCUGCGAUCCAUGAAGAAUGAAGAUAGCUACUUUCUCUCUAUGGAGUCUGGACAUAGUUUCCCAUGGAAGCCACAGUUGCGGUUGCUGCUGUGUCUGCAUAAAAAGGCAGCUGCAGCGGAUAUUGUUAUGGGUGUGCUCCAGGUAUGCUAUAUGCGGGCUGCAUUGACUUCAAAACUGAACAGCUUGUCAAUGUACUGUAAUGGACAUGCCAGUUUGAAACCAGAAAGUAGCCUGUAUAGAAAUUGGCAAAAUUUGCUCGAGGAGAGCAGAAAAUUUGCACGGGUUGAAAUAUCUCCUUUAUUGGACGAGAUGGCCAAAACUGGAUGGGUUGUUAAGCAUGUAUUUUUGUCCCCAAGUGAACAAGUCACUUACAGCAUUCCAGGAGAGAACGACCAUGAAUGACAAAAGUUUUGUAAGUUUGCUGCAGAUAUCAUUAUACAAACCUCAAUUUUUUGUUUUGAUUUGGAGAUUUUCUGAAUUUAUACACAUCUUUCAUCUUUGCUAGGCAGUCCUAGAACAUACAUACUCUGAAUUUGUAUUGGCCGGAAGUCAGGUUUUGUGGAAAGUAAAAAUGCAAAAUUCCUCGACUAUUAUCAUCAGACACUUGAUUUCCUGAUGGUUACAUGAAGGUCAACUAGCGUAACAUGAAAUGUACAGCUCUUAAGCACCACACAUAUCGGAAAUGUUUAUCUCUGGAAUUUAGUGGUGCUCGCAAGUAUUCUCUUGAAAAUUAAACAUAAGUUGUGAAAUUUUGUAGCAAAGAUAUUGGGCAAGACAAUUACCAGAAACUUGGUUUUCCAGCUGUCGCAUCAACACAAACUUGGUUCAAGCACUGUCAAAGACAUGGUUUGCUGGGUUUGUUUCACUAUUUCGACAGGAUCAGGUCCAUUGUUUUUUAUUAUUGUCUUUCGAUGCAUCAAAGCUAUAUUGAGCUUUUGCAGGAAAAUAUUGGGUAAGACAAUUACCCGAAACUUGAUUUUUAAGCUGAGGCAUCAACAUGAACUCAGUUCAGUUACUGUUGAAGACAUUAUUGUGGUUUUAUUCCACUAUUUCGAUUGAAUCAGGUCCAUUGUCAGUUAUUUUCAUCUCAUUGUGUCACUGUAUUUUCAAUAGAGAAAGCUAAUAUGUUGGUAACUUUCUCAAUACCAUUCCAGAAAAUAAACUUCAAUUGAAAGAGGCGAAAAGAAUGCCUAUUCCUCUCGUCAGUUUUGUUUCCUAUAUCCAACUUACCAAUCAAGAAUGUUAACCUUUUUGUAACCUCUUCAUUGUACAACUCUGGAGACGAAUAUCAUUAGAACUAAUUUGAGAUUUCCUUAAGAAUU